AUGGCUGAACCCAAGUCUAUGGAGUCCCCGGGUUCUGGCUGUGGUGUUCCAGCCCAGAGAAGCGCACAGCAGGGUCCAGAGAUGGUGUCAGUGAAGCUGGAGGACUGCAGUCAACCACUGGAAGUCAAUGUGAUUGUGAUAGGGGAAGAGAGAGAACUUAAAGUAGAAGAUCAGAAGGUAGAAGUUAAAGAAGAAGAAGAAAGGGUGGUGGAGGAGAAGAGAGCAGUCAAAGAGGAGGAGAUGGAUGUUAAAGAGGACCAUAAGGAGAUAGAGAUUAAACAGGAGGUGGAGGAGAAGAGAGCGGUCAAAGGGGAAGAGAUGGAUGUUAAAGAGGACCAUAAGGAGAUAGAGAUUAAACAGGAGGUGGAGGAGAAGAGAGCGGUCAAAGAGGAAGAGAUGGAGAUUGAAAAGGAACACAAGGAUACAGAAGUCAAAGAAGAGCUGGAGGAGAACACAGUCAUCAAGGAGAUGGAGGAGAGAGGUGUGAAAGAGGAUGAGGAGACAGAAGUCAAAAAGGAGAGAGGACUAGAAAAAGAAGAGGAGGAGGAGAGAGAAGUCAAAGAUGAAGAGGAGAACAGGGAAGUGUUUGAUCCAGACCUAGAGGAAGAGGAGGCAGCAUUAGAUAGUAUCACUGACCCAGGAGAGCGCUCCAACCCAGGUUUAGACGGUGAGCCCAGUUCCACAGCAUCAGGAAAGCAUCAACAACACGAAAAGAGGAACUCAAGACAGAAACAUCACCACUGCAUGGACUGCUUCACUAGUUUCUAUGAGCCAGAGGAGUUGAGAAGGCACACUUGUAGGCCCCACCCCUGCUCAGAUUGCAGAGGCAGUUCCGUGUGUCCAACUCACCUCAUACCACGCAAAAAGACUAUCAAAAGAAAGAAGACUUACCCCUGUGGUCAAUGUGGGAAGAGUUUUCAGGCACCAAGCAAACUAAAGAAACACCAGAUAACUCACACAGGAGAGAAGCCUUUCCACUGCUCUGUAUGUGGGAAGAGUUUUCCUCUUUCACAGACCUUAAAUAGACACCAGCUGAUCCACACAGGAGAGAAGCCUAUCCACUGCUCCCAAUGUGGGAAGGGCUUUAAGCGACCUGAUUCCCUGAAAAAUCAUCUUAGAAUACACACAGGAGAAAAGCCUUUCUACUGCUCUCAAUGUGGGAAAAGUUUCAGUCAUUCAAACUACUUAAAGACGCACCAGCGAACUCACACAGGAGAGAAGCCUUACCACUGCUCCCAGUGUGGGAAAAGAUUCAAUCAGUCUUCAGAUCUGAAGAUACACCAGCGAACUCACACAGGAGAGAAGCCUCACAAAUGUUUUCAGUGUGGAAAGAGUUUUAGUCAUUCAAGCUACUUAAAGACACACCAGCGAACUCACACAGGAGAGAAGCCUUACCACUGCCUUCAGUGUGGGAAGAGUUUCAAUCAGUCUUCAGAUCUGAAGACACACCAGCGAACUCAUACAGGAGAGAAGCCUUAUCACUGCCCCCAGUGUGAAAAGAGUUUCAGUCAGUUUUCAAGUCUGAAGACACACCAGCUAACUCACACAGAAAAUAGGUCAUACCACUGCUCCCAUUGUGGAAAGGUUUUCAGUCUGUUGCACCACCUAAAUAGACACCAGCAAACUCACAAAGGAGAAAAGACUCACCAAUGCUCUCAAUGUAGGAAAAGUUUCAGUCAGUCAUCAAAUCUGAAGACACACCAGUUAAAGUAUCACAGCCCUGACACCGGACAGAGUUCUCUUGCUUUAGAAGAAAGUCAACUUCAAACCACAGAAGUAAAACACAUGUAAACACAUCUUAUGAUGUUAAAGGAGCAGAGCAGUUUUAAUAAAGUUGAAAUAACACUUAAAAAUAUAUAUAUUUGCCUGGAUUUUCAGCCUAUUCAGGUGGGAUAGAGUUUUUGCCCCAGAGCAUGACAACAUAAUCUGAUCUGACCAAUCAUCUUGAAUUUGCAUAUAUAUCCUCUUAUAUUGAAGAGGUUUGUGGGGUAGGCUCUAGUGCAGAGUUCCCCAACUGGCUGCCUGCGGGUGGUUUUGAUUGGCCCCCCAAGUUUUCUGGUCCAAAAAAUAUAAUAAUGUAUCAUUUUUUAUUGUAGGAGAUUAAAGACUGUAAAAACACCAGCCAAUCAGCUCCAAGUGAUUUGAAUUUUGAAAAUCUGUUCCCACGCAUAAGAUACAUAUAUAUGUGAUCAUAUAUAAAUGUAAGCAAGGUUUGAAAUUAUGUUUUAAUAAAAUGUUAUCGGUUUGGGCUUCCUGUAUUCAAUUUGUUCUGGCCCCAUGACCAUCCUCGCGAGAAAAAAAUAUCUGAAUAUCGGAAAUAAAUUAUAAACAAUA